CGCUUUUUUCUUCCUCAACCCCCCAGCAGGCGCAUGACCCGAUCCAUCACCUGAAAUACUUAAAAGAACCAGCGCUGCCACAACGCCUUUGUGACCGCAACAACCACCUUCUCGCCUGCUUUGUUGGCUCUCCUUUAUUCACAGCUCUCUCUUCCUAAUCCGGCCACGUUGCCGGCGUCCGCAUAAAGAGCCCUGGUAGGCGUCAGCGCCCAAACGCGACGCGCCGAGGAUACGCGUCUAUCAAUAAGAACUCCGGACUCAAAGGCUUCCUACACGAGCUGGUCCGGCUACACCAUCGCAUAUGCUUUGAGCAGUACUUACUUCUCCGACUGAUAUACAGCUGAUCUCUCUACCUCUACGUUCCGGAGCAUACAGUACCUGUUGAUACCUGGGAGCCUCUGAUGCAGCCACUCUUGGUGAAUUUCUGCACCAUCUGCACUUACAACACUCCUGUGCCCUUCACAGCUUCCGUCUUCUCUCAGAAUAACUCCUGCUCACACUGCGGUGCGAUAUCAACGGGCAUCAACGUCCGGGGCAAGCAAGAAGAGAACGCAAACAUGCAGCAAGAAGAGCUCGCCCGGCUGUUCUCAGCCCACAUGAACCUCUCCCAAGCCCCGCCCCAACAAAUUCCCCAAGCGCAGCUGCAGGUGCCUGAAGAGCAAUUAGUGCAGCAACAAGGAGAAGAACAGGUAUCCAAGCCGAUCACCUACGUCUCCCAGCACUACACGCACAGCCACCAUGUCGUUCCCAUUCGUCACAUCCCGCAGGAACCGGCGAAGACGCAGAUAGAUGUGUCCGAGCUCGAAGCGAUCCUUCUGCGUAACAGCAUCGACCCCUCUCUACUCUUCCCCUCCCAGAUUGACCUGUUCCAGAACGCAGACGAUGACCAACGUCUCCGUCUUCUUGAGCUUUGGCGAAUCUCACCUCCACAGGGUAGACAGGGCUAUCCGGCGAACGUGGACUACAAUACCUCGAGGCAGCUGUAUGACUGGCCGCCUACGAGUUUGGCGCAAGAGGAGGCAAUGGCAAAGCUGAGAUACGACAAGAUGUUAGAGGAACGGGCGCAGCAGGACGAGAUUCAGAAGCACCAACAACAGCUGGACCAGAGCAUGGACGGGGCAAUGGACUCUGCAGCCGUGCACGCGACGCGACAUAUCCUCGCGUCAUCUCCUGACACGCCGAACGCCGAACCAUAUAUUGUCUCGGGUUACGAUAUGUUGGCGAGAAGGGAGUAUGACGAGUCGGCGAAAGCUGCGGUCAAUCACCUCAAAGAGUCGACAAGGUACAAUCAAGCAACAGAUCCCGUGUACAACGGUGGACUGUGGGAGAAGAACGUUGGCAGCAUCCUGGACAUGGAGAAUCAGUACGGUGCUUUUGCAAACGCGCGAGAGCAUGAGGCUCAUUCCAUCUACGCGGAUGAGGAAAUGGUCAUGUGAAUACCUAAGGUAUGAAGAAGAAGAUGGAUCCCCUGUCUAUGCUAAUGGGUGGAAGAUGGUGUGCAUCAUGGAGGACGGAUGAAUGUCGCUCCACCGGAAGUUGUUGUACCAGCAGUGACAUGGGAAUUUCAUUGCAUGUUGAUACAGGUGCAUAUACACCGCUCUUUUGUUGGUGGUUCGAAUAUUUCAGGAUGGUGGAAGGAGUGCAUGCCGCCGCGGCGGCAUUGUACUCGGAACAGCGUGUCGGAGGAGGAAGUUCAGUCUGCAUACCCCGUCGGAUACCCUGGUUACACUCAGCAUCAAUCACCACUCGGUUAUAGACCAAUAUGAGCUCGUCGAGCACUCCAUUAGCCCAGGUGCGAAAUGCAAGUGGUAUUCCUUUGUAUGAUACAGAGCGGAUUUGCUCGAUGCCGAUACAUAGAUGGCGAAA